UGCAAACCUGCUGGUUUCCAAGCGAAGUGCACACACAACAGCCAAUACAGCAGCCAACAAGCACUCAGCAGCUUUGCUUGUUGCAAGUGAGCAUUGGGUUGGCGACGCGCAGUGCCUGCUGAGGGACACCAUGGAAGAUGGCCAGCUCCACAAUGCCGAGCAGGCAAUGCACGCUGAGCUUCCAUCGCAGGCACGGGCACAGCGAGUGAGGGAGCGGUUGAACGAGAUGUUCGCUGCGCUCUUCACCUCAUCCUCAGCGUCGCUGCAAGCAUCGUCCAGAUCGUCCAUGGUUGCCGCGCCCACCACGGGCACUGCUGGCGGCGGUACUGGCGGUGCAGCAAAUAGAGCCUCGCGACAGACGGGCUCCGCAAAGGAGAGCGAACGCAACCCGUACAGGCAGCGUUUGCGUGAGAUUUAUCGGGAGCGAGAUGUGGUUGUGGCCCAGACACAGGAGUUGCUGCAACAAUUGGACGAUGCAAAGAGCCAUAUCUCCGAGGCCAUUGAACAGCAGGAACAAGAGCGGACAGAGGCAUUCACAGAUAACGCCACUGUCGCCCCAAUCGUGAUUGACCUCAAGAGCAUCUUGCGGGACCGCGAUGUGGACACGGCGUCACUGCCGCUGCUCUCGGCCUUUGACUAUCUCCCGCGUCCAAAGAACAACCCGGCCCCGCAGCGCGCCAACCGCCCGCCCUCAUACGCCCGCGCAACAAAGACGUCUACGAUGCGCCUGCGGGCACAGGCGCGGAAGUUCCCCGAUCAAGUGCACGAGUUAACAGAGUCUGAGGCGGCUGAGAAGUGGCGCAAGGAGGUGGUGGAGCCGCCCAGCUCAAAGCGGCAGUGGAAGGGCAAGAUGAGCAAGGAAACCGAAAAGUCGCUGAAGAAGGAACUGUCCAUGUUCAAGACAAAGACGGAAGGGUUUCUGCGUAAUCCACGCGACACGGCACAGCAGCCGGCACAAGACACAGAGCUCACAGCGAUGGCCAUGACGGGUACGCGACAGCGGCAGGCGGCAGCGGAGGACGCGCGUGUGUUCCGGCCCAUUCCUCCGGUUGUUGCGUUCAACACAUUUGAGCGAAAUGCAAAGUUGCAGCAGACACUCACGCUGGUCAACACCUCCCGCGUCUCGCGCGUUCUUCGCAUCCGCCCCCUCAAAUCGGACCACUUUGCCGUGACCGGCACCAAGUUCCCCACAGGCAACGCACAGGAUGCGGUUGCUCCCGGUCUGUCUGUGGAGGUGACGAUUGCGUUCACACCAGACCACCUCGGCACCUACAAGGAAGAGCUGGAGAUUCUCCCAGAGAACGGUGCACCGUUCAUGGUGGAUCUGAUUGGGGAGCGCAACCCGCCUGGCCUGACGCUUGAACCCACUGUGGACCUUGGCGUGCACCUCAAAGGGUCACGCACGCAUCACUCCAUCGACUUCACCAACACGGGUGGUGACACCCGCUUCAGGAUCAUCCCUUUCUCGCACGUGAAGAGCAGCACACGCGCGAGUGCAAAGUCCUCAGCGGCCGCCAGCGACGCGGGCACUGAUUCAAUUGAUUUGCAGAACCUGGAGGCCCUGCCCGAAACGUUUUGGAGCUGCAACAGCAAGGACAGUGCACGUGAGGGCGGAGACGACCAGCAUGAUGCAAGAAGCAUGGACACUGUUGCAAGCGGGCGGUUCUUCCAGAUCACAAACGCAUGUCAGAUGGUGGCGGAGAACGCACAGUCACAACUGCAUGUGGAAGCCACGCUUUCCCAAGAAGGAAGGUGUCGUGAGCGCUUUGUGAUCAUCUUCGACAACUGCCUCUUUCGCAUGUUGGACAUUGAGGCUGAGGCUGAACUGCCAAAUGUGUCUGUGAGCGGACGCCACAUUCUUCAAGAUGAUGACACACUCAGGCUCCUCAUGCAGCCGUGCAUGUGGAACUUUGGUGCAGAGCGCACUGUCACACUCACAAACAAUGGCGCAGUCCCAGUCACAUUCAGCGCUUCCAUCCAACCAAAGAGGAAGUUGCAACAGCACCCGCAGCGUGAUGAGAGCAAGGAAAUAUUGCCGGCGACCGCCACCCUGUUUUCUUGCGAGGAAGGGGAGGAAAGUCGGUCCUCCAUUCCCUCCUCGGAGGCGUGCGGCAUGUUUUCUGUGCAUCCACCCGCGACCACCAUCGAGGCUGGCAGUGAUGUCACGCUGACCAUCACCUGCUCGCCGCAGACAACCUUGCGUCAUGCGCACCCUGUGUGCGCAGAGGCGUGGCUGGUGGUUGAAGCCCAGGACCUGCCGGGCGAUUUGGCCGAUGCACACGCAGUGCUGUUGGAAUCAUGCCUGCAGGCAACCAUCUCGUCGUGCCAGGCGAGUGUGCAUCCACCAGCGUUGGCGUGGGCAGCAGCUGUGGAGCCGUCCGUGCCUGCAAGCAUCCCCAUUGUCAUACGCAACGAGUCGGACGCAACGCUGCAGUUUUCCUGCGCCGCCGUCGUGCUUCCCACCGCUGUUCUCCACCUCCAACACCAACAAGGCUCCAUCCCUCCGCGCGGAACACAGCACACAUCUGUGAUUAUUGCUGGUCGCAGCGAGGGCGACGUGAACACGACCAUGAAGAUUGAGUUUGACAGGGCCCCACCCAUCCUCCUUCCACUGUCUGUGCGCCCAACAGUGCUCGGCCGCUACUCGGCCACGCUGCACGUGCACAUUGGCGGGCGCAGCGCUCCCGAGCUCAUUGCCGUGUCGGCCACGGUGCAGGAGCCCCUGUGCUGCUUCACAUCCUCCUCCAUCCUGUACGUUCGUGAUGUCGGUGUAACUGCUAGCGGCGGUGGUGAUAAUGAUGUAGCUUCGCUGGACACGUCUUUCAGCCACCGCGCCAACAUCGCCCUGCUCCCCAUCACUUCCCGUGCUGUCAUUGCGCGCACCGCACAAAGCGCCAGACGCCACCGCCACCACGCAGACGGUAGCGGCGAUGGUGGUGAAGCCGAUGAAGUGAUUUCGCAUGGUGUCAAGCAGCAGCAGCAACAGCACCAGCAGCACAAGAAGCAUCAGCAAGGCCUUCACCCCCUGACGAGCGACGACGUGAUUGUGUCGGUGACGCCGGAAUCUGGGGUGCUCAAGGCUGGCGAGACGCUUGAACUGGCCGUUGCAUUUACUGCCCGGCGACCCGGCCCGCUCGCCCCGCACAUGCUCGUGUUUGACAUUGAUGGCGUGAAGCAGCCGCUGCCGCUGGCUGUCAUGGCGGACGUGCGCGGUGUGUCGCUGUCGUACGAGGUUGGCGCGCACAUGUACACGGAGCUGAACGGACCGCCGGAUGAUGUGGACGUCAACACGGCACCAGGCGCCCUCAGCAUUGCCCAUCCAUCCCACGCCACCCUCGCCUCCACCUCCACCACCCUCAGGCGCACACGAGAUGCCGCCGCCAUUGAUGCUGCUGCUGCUGCUUCUGACUCUGCAGCGCAGCCACUGGACCCGCACCACCUGUAUCUGCCUGUUGUGCGGCCGGCCAAGAGCUCGGCUGUUGCGUUUUCCCGGCGAAGGCGACAGGCGCGCCGCGUGGGCACAAUGUCCUCUGUGCCCAGCAUUGUGGUGACGCUGCCUGAUGGCCAGGACCACGCCAAGCACAGCAGCGACACUGACACCGGCACCGACACUGACACUGACACUGACGACAAUAACAGCCAAGCUGGUGAUGGCGAUGGUGGUGGUGCGCAAGGGGGUGAUGGCGCAGAGAGUGAGCAGCCGCCCGUGUCUCAGUCGUCCUCGUCCACCUCCGUGACCUCACGGUCGAAGAAGAAGAAGAAGAAGAAGCGUAAGAAGCGUGGUGCAGCGGUACCAUCACGAUCACCGCGACAACAGCCGCUGGAGGUGCGUGGCCUCGUGUUUGAGCAGGUGCAGGCACACGUGCCGACAUACAAGCUGCUGCGACUGACCAACCACUCUGGUAUUGCUGCCACGCUGCAUGCCAGCGUGACAUUCUUCCCCGCGCGGGAGAAUGUGCGUCUGCAAGUGCACGGCAUUGGAGGUGAUGCUGCAACGACAGUUUGCGGUGACGCAGACGCUGCAAAUGGCAGGACAGCACCGCGUGCACGCACCCAGCGGCACACGGCAGCACAACAGGCCACGCAACGGACACAUGCAACAGCCACAGCAGCGAGAGCAACUGGCAAGAGCAGCAUGCGAACGGGGCAGAAAACGCGGCAGCUACCCCGGGCACCGGACAUGGCCCGCAAGACGGCGGUUGGCACGUUCAAGCGGUCUGUGAAGAGCAUCAAGGCAAGCAUCAAGGCAGCCGUGCAGCCGGUUGAGCCUGCAGUCGCACUCAAGUCGACGGCAACCACAUUUGGCGCAUGCUUCAUGCCGGAAGAGGCAGUGGUUUCCGUGCCGCCCCAUGGCAGCUGCACACUGCGUGUGUGGUGCUACGCCGAUGUGUGGGGUGACUAUUCAGACCACCUCGUGCUGCGCGGGGAGCACCUGGACACGGUGCACGUGCCACUGCGGGCCAGCGUAACGGGCUGCUCCCUUGUGCCGCUCGUGACUGGAGCGAGCGACCUCAGCCCCCUCCUCCGCCUGCCCUCUCUGGCGCUGCGCAGCAACACCGAGCACCAUGGCAGUGGUGUCGAUGCUGUUGAUGGUGUCGGUGCAGGUGAUGGUGGCAGUGCUGUUGAUGCAGGUGAUGCUAGCCACGAUGAGGUUGAGGGCCGGGCCACGAUUCGAAAGUUGAGCGUGAAGAACCCCACCAGCCAGCCGCUGGCGCUGGUGUGGGAGACGUACGACGUUCUUGCAGACGACAAGCAGCUUGUGGAUGUGUUUGCGCGCACGAUCAAUGACGACCCCGUGCUGAAUCCGCCGCACACCCACGACAAUGGCAGUGGUGGCGAUGGCGGUGUUGAUGGUGAUGAACCGUUGCUGAAAUUGCGGGUGCGUGCGCAUGAAGGCAAGCGCUCGCACGUCUUCUCCGUGUGGCCGCCCGUGGCGGUGAUCACCCCAGACCAGACAACGGUGUUCAAGGUGCGGUUUGCACCGAAUACGCUGGGCACAUUCAACGGCUUUGUGCGCGCAGUUGUGUUCACGCCUGCGCAGGCGAGUCUGUCUCUCGCGCCGAUGCCUGCAAGCAAAGACGUGAUUGCGUUUCUGCAUGGCCACGAGGAGCGGCUGCCACCGUUCCCCGUGCAGACACUGAUGCUCGACAGAGAGACGGCCACACUGCGUGCACCGACGGCCUCUGAAGCGAAGCAGCUAGUCAAGGAGGUGGACGUUGUCGAUGACGUUGCUGGCGGUGACCGUGAUCGCGGCGAUGGUGAUCGCGACGAUGACGUUCAGCAGCCACAACAACUUUUGCAGUCGCAGGAGUCACAACAGCAAGAGCAAGAGCAAGAGCAAGAGCGGGCAACUGCAAAGGUGACGAGGAAGCAGAGGCAGCUGCGAUUUAUUGCUGGGUUGGUGCGACGCAGCACGCUGCGUACGGAGUCCACGGCGCUGACGAUUCAGGUGACGGCCCGGGCCGAACAUCCGCUGCUGCAGGUGGUUGGGGCGCCUGACACUGGCGUUUUGUUCCAGUUGAGUAGCGAUGACGUACAAGAGGGACGCAAGGCGCAUUCAACAAGCUUCACGCUGUACAACCCCACGUCCAGCCGCAUCACAUUCCGGCUGCACGCAACGCCCGAGUUCCAGGUUGGCCUGGUUGGCGCGCCGUCAACAACAGGCAGCUCAACGCGCGCAACAACAGCAGUGACGACCACGACAGGCACGGCCGCAACAGCCGCAAUGGUGCGUGCAGGCACGGGCUCAACACAGCAGCGCAGCGGGAGAAUACGGGGUCGCAGUCCAAAGUACGCCGUGUCCAUGCGAGGCACCAGUGCUGUUGGCGGUGAUGGUGAUGGUGCAGUGACUGCGCAGCGACAGGCGACGGCGCAGCUUGGGCGGGCAGACAUCAAGUCGAUGGUCAAGCCCAUCGUGCUUGAGCCAGCGCAGUCGUGCUCGGUUGGCGUGCGGUGGAGCGUGCCGUCUGUCCGCGCGCUCGUCUCGCGUGCGUGGAAUGCGGCGUCGCCUCGCAAGUCGCUGCGGGAACGGCCGUCCACAGUGCUGAGUCAGCAGUUUUUGGGCGAUGCGGAGAGCGAUCGGAAGGGACGACAAAGCCGUGAACAGCAGCAGCAGCAGCAGCAGCAGCAGCAAGAGGAGGAAGAGGGUGAGGAGGAGGUGGUGCAGUACCGACCAACCGCUGUGACGAUUGCCGAUGGUGUUGAGUUUGAGAUUGAAGGGUCCCCUGAUGUCCUUCGUGUUCCAAUCAAGGCCCUGCUGCAUCUGCCGCACCUGCAGCUGCAAGAAGACAAGCUUGACUUUGGGCGGUGUGUGCUCGGAGAACCGCAGGUGAAGACCGUCACCCUCAUCAAUUUAGCAUCCAUUGUCUCACGCCCGGGUGAUGUUUUUCUAUGUCAUGUGAACGUUUCUCCACAGCCAACCAGCGCUCAAUUGAGCGUCACGCCACAAUUGCCGCUUGUGAUUCCAGUUGUCGGCGACGGCUGGCAGGACCAGGCUGAAAACGACCCACUCACCAUCUGA